GGAUCGCGGGGCGCAGAUGGGAGCGCGAGACAGGCGCGUUCGCCUUUCGACUUCGACGGCGUCGAGGGGUUUCGGUGUACUACGCGAACGCACGCACGCACGAACGCACGCACGCACGCACGCACGCACGCACGCGCGCGCGCGCACACGCGAGAACGGCAGGCCAAGUACUUUCGAUUUCGUCGAGUGGGCCGGCUCUCUCGCCGUGGUGUUGCCGUGGUGGCCGCCGCGCUCCAGGAGGCGGGCGUACCAGUCAUCGCGCGUUAGAGCGACGGCGUGUGUUUAUCGUGUUCUCGUGACACCCCGCGACGACGACGACGGCGGCGACGUAUCGCGACCCGCGACGAGCCGCGCCAAGAUAGUUGCCGCAGUGCCGUGCGCGUGUGCGACGCGUGUGUGUCCGUCGAUCUGUCUGCCUGUUCGUCUGCUCGUUCGCGCUGCGGCACAGGUGCGGGCUGAGUCGCGGGAUUCGCGUCGAUCGCUCGCGGCAACGCGGUGCGGUGCGGAGCAUUCGCGAGAGCGGCAGGUGGACGCGCGUGCGGUAAACGCUCUCACACACACACACACACACAUACAUACACAGGCGCGACGGAGCGGUGUCGCGCUCCUUCAGCGAGAGCGGGAUAGAGCUGACGGAGAGAAGGAGAGAAUGGAGAGGCGAUCGAUUUUCGCGUAGAGCCAACGACAGCCCUUUCUCACGGCGAUCGGCGGAGAAAGAGACCGGAGCAUCUAAGCCCGGAAAGUAUGUAAAUGUCCGCCCGGACGGCACGACGACGGCGCAACGAACGUACACUCUCGUCGCCGCCCCCGUCUACCUCUUUCCCUAACAGAUCGUGUGUGUGCGUGUAUGUUCGCGCGCGUGUUCGACCGUAUGUUCCGUGUGUCAACGCUCAUCGAUUUUCGUGCGAUUGUGUGCGACCGGUAAAAAUCGUUACGUACGAGAGCAUGAGGAGAAACAACGAUCGCGUGAUCAGGAAAUACGCGUAGGAGCGACGUACGCUAUCAACGUACGAGCAUACGCUCGCACGUCGUACGGUGCGGUGUCGUGUCGCGAGGAAGCGGUGAGAGCGAGCGAGCGAAAGAGAAAGAAAGUGAAAGAGAAAGAGGGAAAGAGCAGAAGUCUGCUGACGGCGCGCGUCCAACAUGGCUACCGCCGGCAGCAACGCGACGGCGAAUGCCGGCAACGAGCAGGCGAUCGGCAACGGCGGCGGCGGCAGCAGCAGCAACGGUAGCAACGUGCCACAAUGGAAGCGCGACUUGAUACAACGUCGCCGUCAGCAGAGCAAGGUUCUCGCGAACAACGGCGCGAGCGUCAAGCUGUGCAGCGCGGUGAUAGGCACGUCGUCGUCAUCGUCGUCGAUAACGUCGGGGAUGAGCGCGACGAUGGUCGACGGCGAGCAAAGUACAACGCUUCAAGAACAUUUGGCCGGUGCGCUUCGCGCGACACGUUUAACGGCCACUUCGACGAGCAGCGAGGAUGCCAGCGCGAUACCGAGCUGCGUCGCGGUCUGCUGCGGGGCCGGUGGUGGUAGUAGUGGUGGUAGCGGUAACGCGUCGCUCUCCUCCCCGUCCUCGUAUCCUCCCGCCGUCGUGAGAAGGCCGCCGACCGGUGGCGCCACCACCGUCACCACCGGCGCGCCAGUGGCGGCAACGGCCGCCGACUUUGCGUCGUUGUCGCACUCGCACUCGUCGCCAGUCGCGUACAACAUGCGUCUCGAGGCGGAUUUGUCGCUCUGCUCGGACGCGGAGGAUGUUUUGAACGGUACGGCGCCGGCCACUAAAUUCGCGGACCUUACGUCGGAACGGAAAGUGUCGGAGUACGUCGGCGAGGAGAACGAGGAGGCAGCCACGAGAACGGCGGACGGCAAGCCGCUGAGAGCCGCGAUCGCGAGAAUGAACGAGAGCAGCGAGAGCAACAACGAGCCCUCGCAACGUGCCGACGAGGUUCGCGCCGUUCUCGCGACGACCGGCAGACGCGAGAAUGAGAUAAUGUCGUCUCCCUGCGGAAAGGACUCUUCCAGGAGGACGCCGAAGGGUUUGUCGCGCGUCGCGCCGCCGAGUCGCGCGUCCAGCGAGGACGCGGAGAGCGACAGCUCGGAGGAGCUGCAGUACGGGCCGGGAAUCGUCAACAAGCUCAAGUGCAAGUACCUUAACCUCACUCUGCGCGAGACGAACAAGAGUCGCGCGUCGGUGCAGCGAUUCCGGCGCGCGGCCAGCCUCGAGGAUCUGUUGGACCGAGACGACGACGAGGCAUCCGGUCACGAAAGGACCACUACCACCAGCAGGAAGUACGCGAAGCGAAGCGGCAGUGGUGGUGGCGGUGGCGGCAGCGGCAUCGUCACCGCCGUCGCCGCCACCGUCGUCGCUGCGAAGAGCGACAGGUAUCGAAACGCCACCCGGGGCAAUGACUCGAUGAAGCGGGCUCGCAGCGUCGAGACCUUGAUGAGGUACAACAGCGUGACGGCGGACGAGACGACCGCCACGACGACGUCGAUUACGCGCCCGGUUCUUCCGCUGGUCGCUCGGCAGCCAGUUGUGACGAAUGGCGUUCGUCAGGAACCGGUCAACGACCACAUCAUUCUCGUGGACCGUACGUCCGUGAAGAUCGAGAGCCGCCUAAGCGAGCUCGAUCGGCCCAAGCCGAUCAACAAGCCCAAGAGGAUCAAGCCGGUACUGGCGGAGACGGAACGGCCGCCACCGGAUCUAGUCAAGACCACGAUGAGAAUCUUCGAGAGUUCCGCGAGGAAGCUGAAGCCCAAGGGCGAAGUCGCCGCCAAGGUCGCCACCUUCAAGACCAUCAACGACACGUUCAAGGCGCAGACACAGAAGAAGCUGCAGAAACCGCCGUUGCAACCGAAGCCCUUCGUUUGCAACGGCGGCGCUGCUCGUCCCGUCGCCGCAGGCGGCGUCGGUUCCCCGAAGAAAAUCCUACUGCCGCACAAACCGACCGCGGAACUGAUCGAGACGCAGGCCGGCAAGGAAGAGUAUCAUAUAGACGGCGUCAUCACGGAGCCAAUCGCGCAAUCGGUGUCCUCGGUGGUGAGCAAGUUUCAGCAAAUCGAAAAGUCGCACUCGCCCUCCCCGUCGCCGGAACCCUCGAGCUACAAGCUGAAAUUCUCUCCGGCGAACAGCCCGGAACCGCCGCAGACGUGCAAAUCCAAGUCCGCCGCUCUGGAGAUCGCCGUCAAGUCACCGCCGCUCACGCCGGUGCACUCGCCGAGGAUCUUGUCGCCCCGACUGCAGAGCCCGCAAUCGCCGAUCAAGGAUGUCAGACAGGGUGCGCAGGACAGCCCCUCCUCUCCCGUCAAGGACUUGAUCCGCGUUCAAAUCCCAAAUCUGCUUCACAAACCGCCGCUACCGAGUCCCGUAAAGGGAGAAUCCUCCUGCAAGACGGAGGCCACGGAAGCCAAAGUUCUUCGUCUGCAGAUCGAGAAGGAGAUUCCGAGGACGAAUGUCGAAAGUCCUCGACAGGCACACCUCCCAGAAUCGGCAGAAUCGUCCGCCGAUGUGGAAUGGAAAGAGGACGCUGAGUCGAGCCGCGUCGCGUUCAACGAUGGAGAGAAGAGUGUCGAGGAGGAAAUCGUGGACGGACCGAGAACCAUCUCCAAGACGGCCCUGGACAACAUUAGCAAGGCAGGCACGACAAUGCAGUUUAACUUUGGCGACAAGUCUACGAGUGACAAGAGUUAUUUACCGGGUACGAAGCAGAACGGGCAAGAAUCGGCGGACGAGCCAGAGUCAAUGCCAGAGGAAGAUCAUGACGCGAAGACGGAGUGCGGGAGCAAGGUGGGUGCCAGCGUCGUGGCCUCUAAAGCGUCGUCGAGAUUGCAAAAGAGGCUCGAGCCCGAGGAAGAGGACGAUAGUAAGGACAUCGAGGAAAAACUAAUUGUACCGGAGACCAAACCCAUUGGCGCCAUUUGCAGCUUGGGCAUGAUCAAGACCGCAACGACGACUACCAUUACGACGGCGACGACCACGACGUAUUCGCCGAGCAACAAUGAGGCGAAGACGAUACGGUGUCAACAGAAGAGCGAGUUCUCACCGCCGCAGAAGCAGAUUGGCAUUAUACGGCCACUUGUCUCCACGAAAACGCAGCAUCCGCAGCAGAAUCUGAGCAAUCGCGAGCUCGAGAAGAACCUGAUCAAUCGGGUCAAGAGCAUCGAACAGCCGACCAAGGUGGUGGUGAGCCUGAAGAGCGCCGACGAGAUACAACCCGCGAAGAAGACGAGUGCUGGAGGUGGCGGUCUUUGGGACACGAAGCCAUGGAAUCAGCAGAACAACACAAUGGUGUUCAACUUCAGCAACCGAAAGGACGUGCCGGAUUACAUAGAGAAUGACGGUCUCAUCAUCAGGAGAAAGCGGGAUAAGCCGAAGGUCGGUGAUGGUGGCAUUAUAGUGCUCGAUGCUACUUUGGAUGCAUCUACGACCGACGAUGCCGAGUGGGAAAUCUCCGGGGGUCCACCGUCGCCGUGCGACGUGUCGUUUCUCAACGACAAUGUUCUCAUCAACGGACGCAGCAACCUUUCGAGGACGCCACGAAAUCAUAAGCACCGAAUACAGUUCGACGACACCGCCACACGUACUUUCGAGUAUCCCAGCGAGGCGUCGAUCCUCGAAGGUGAGACCAGCAGCGUGGACGGCGAAACCUCUAGUUCCGUGGCCGAGCAACAAUCUACGCUGAGCAACAAUAAAAUCUCCUCGACAACCAGCUCGACGACGAGCAUGCCGUCCCUUCUCGGUGGUGGUGGAUUAGCCAGUUAUACACCUAGCAAAGUGGAUCUGUCAUCGGAAGGCUUCGAGCUGGGCAUCACUAGGGCUAUACUGAUGGUUCCCACUCCAGCAGCAACAACGACGACGACGACAACCGGGCAAACCGAGAAUGCGAGUGAAGUGGAAUACCUGAGACCGGCUCAAGACGCGGGCGCUUGGGGCUCGGAGACAACAGGCGAUCUUCUUUAUUGAAAAGAAAUGCAGACUAAUACCAUUCGCCAGCUCAACGUUCCGCAGCAAUAGAACGAACGAACGAAACGAUAAUGAAACUAUAAAGCUAACAAUAAGUAUUCCUUUUUUUCCUAGCGGCGAGAAGAUCGCGAGAAACUACACAAAUGCAAAAGAAUCAAUAUAUUAUAAUGAACUUUAAUAAAAAAAGAAAAAAAAAUGAUUUAUGACAAAUGCUCACGUAAUCAUAUAAAGAAUUUUUCAUAGGAAACAAAUUUAGACGUUCGCGUUCGUGGUCGGACGAUAUGUUGGACCACUGAUAAGUCAUCGUCACAAAUGCACAUUAAAUUAAGCAAAUUUUUUUUUAAUUAUGAAAGGAAUCAAAAGCGCAAUCUCCGCUCAUGAACGCGUCGAGUAUUAAAAGCGAAGUUUAUUUAGAUGAUUAAGUAAGAACUAACAGUAUCAUUCCAAGUAUAUGCAUUUACUUUAUAUCGUUACGCUAUGUCAAAUCAACGGACUUUUCCUACACAAUGAAUCAUCGAAACUGCCAAGAUACGCUAUGUAGUGCUGCUUUUUUGUAAUAGCACUCGAAAGGAAGAGCCCAGCAACUCCGUUGCUUAGAGGAAAAAAGAUAAAGAGAACAUAUCAUCUUUCUGGCGUAUUUUAUAAUAUAGAGGAUAAAAUCGACGCGGGAGAAUCAAGAGUUUUGUAACCUUUUUGAGAUUACUUUAAUGCUAAGCUGCGAGUGUUCAAGCUGCCAGUAAAAGGCCAGAGUUUUUUGUAGAAAAAGAGACAAAGGAUUGAAUGUCUCUGAGAUUCAAUUGGAGGGGGAAAAAGAAACAGCUCGAGUUUAGAUUUGUAAACGUUUUUGCCAAAGUAGAACGUAAGUCUACUUAGUAUAUUUAAUAAUGUAUAUGUACAAUGUAAGUGUUCCAGUUCGACAAAACUGUAAGAAUUGUAAAUUUCAAAACACAUCGUUAUUUGUACCGAAUGUAUGGCAAAUCAUACUAUGCCUUGCAAAUGCGAAGAUGAGCCAUUACAGCGUGUCUUUUCAUAUUGAGUUUGUGCAUUUAUUUUUCAAGAAUCAUAAUACAUAAAACUAAUAGCUUUCCAACAUAGAAGUUGCGUGGAUAAAAGAGAAACGACGAUUUAAUGUUAAUUAUUAAUUUUAUAUAUAAGGAAAUUGAAUUUUGUAUAUACUAAAUUAUUGUGGGUUUGAGAAGCCAUCCAAGAUAAGUUAAUUGAGAAGUCACAAAAGUUUGAGAAAAAAAUUACAUUGCUUUAAGAUCAGCUUUCAUGUUUUGUUUUUUUUUGUGUUAAUUUCUUGUAUUGUCUAUGUAGCAUCUCAGAUGCGUUACCACGGAUAAUUAAAAACAUUGUUUUGAAUCGUGUAGGUGUAGGUAUUUAAUAAUGUAUGAUUGUAUAACGAUAUGUAGUUAAUAUGAUUUUAUUACUUGGACAGUGGACUGAUUCAAACGAAAAAAAUGCGUUAAAAAAUAAUUUAUUACGAAGGUGCAUUAAAAAUAAAACUGCUGCCGCGUUUUGUUAGAAUUUCAAAUGUAUUUACUUUAUUUAGAUAUUGUACCAGUUCAUUGAAUAGUUUGUGAUGUACCGCAUUGUUUGAAAGACUUGUUUUUGUGUCACAGCGUUGUGUCUACACUGUGAUAUUUUUGUUAAUUUUUUCUAGUGUAAAACAUAAUUUCCAAUUAUUGGUCAGACUUAGCAAGUCGUCGAUACUCUUUGUAUCUCGUCGCUACAAUACACGAACAUUUCAAAAAGCAAGUCAGAUUAUGUUAGUGCAACAUUCCAGAUUGAAAAAACUGUAUACGUAUAGGUCUUUUUUUUAAUUCAAUUUUUUUUUUUAUUAAUCAAUUGUAAGCUCCAAUACAGGAGAGCUGUAUAACAGUUUUGUAAAUUACCGUUGUACAAAAUCAUAAAAUCACAUUUCGAGUAAACAAUAAUGUAAGUGGAAACGAUUGUGAGGUGACUAUAAUAACUGAAGCUUGGAUCUAUAUUACUACCUUCUUAAAUAUGUAAAAGUAUCGUGUGAUGUAUUGUCUAUGUGUUACAAAAUAUCGAAGUAAUAAAAGAGACAAUUACUCCUUA